AUGGCGCCUAAGGAACCCUACAAAGUUCACUCUCUCAAUAAGCACAUAGAGAACACAAAGAAGGGACUAUCGGCUGAAGCGCAGUUCAACCGCCGCCCCGGCAACCGUGCUACAAGUAUCAAGAAAGAGUCGAGCGACCCAAACAACAUUUUCGCCAACAAUGAUGGGGAUGACGAUGAUGAGUCAGGAAGCGGAAGCGACAGCGAUAGUAGCAGCGAUGAGCCGGCCGAUUUUAUCUCCAAACUCACCAGUACCACCAAACCUGCUUCUGCUACUCCACGCCGUCGUAGCAAAGAUGAUGAAAUCGCCGAUAGCGAUGCCGAGCGCAACGCGUCCAAAAAGAGCACUGUUGUGAAAAAUGCUGCUCCUGCCAAGUCUAAGGCUCGAUCCUCUAGCGAUUCGAGCAGCGAAGACGAAUCUCACGACGAAAAGACCAAAGCAAAGGCUAACGGUACAACUCCUGCAAAGGCGUCCGAGAGCACCUCGAACUCUUCGGAGUCAGGGAGCGACAGUGAUAGCGAUGAGGAAGACGAUAAGUCACCCAAAUUAUCCACCAAGAAGCAAGAAGAUUCUGCCUCUACCAGCGACUCUUCCAGUGACAGUGAAAGCGAGGAUGAAGAGCAGAAUGUGAAACUUGCCGCGAAACCUGCCGCUAAGCCUGUCGCUCCCAAGUCAGACAGUUCUUCAGACGAGGAAGAGGAUUCUGAUGAUGAAAUGGUUGAUGAAUCCAUGCACAUUGAGGAUCGCCAAGGACAGCUCGCCCUCCCCAACUUCAUUGCUCCCGACUUCGUCCUUCGCAAGGGCGAUGAUGGCACAAACGGCCGCGAUGUUGCUGAGAUCUGCAACAAGGCGAACCUGGAGGGCAAGCAAUUUUGGUACUUCACAGUUCCUUCCAAUGUGCCCAUCUCAGUUGUUCAGAAUCUUGAGAUCCCCAUGAACCAAUCUCAGUCUACCGAUAAGCUGUUUUCCCACAAUGGCGAGGACUAUGGUGUCUCCUUCGAGAGUAUUGCCCCCAAGGGAAACAUCCAAAUCAUGAUUCCCUCUGAUCGCCCUCAAUACCAGCCCGUCAGCAAGCAGAUUGAUCAAGUUAUGCAGGUCAAGAAGAUCACACAACUUGGCUCCACUCACUCUGUCGCUCCUGUUCCCAAGCCAGCCCCUCGUGCUCAGCCCGCUGGUCUAAAGGCUCGAUACCAACCCAUUGGAGUCAACGAACCCAUGGGAAGCAUCGGGGAUGAUGAGGACGUCGAGAUGGGCGAUGCACCCGUUCUGUCGACCAAAGCUGCCAAGAAGGAAAAGAAGCGCAAGUCAAAGGAGACUUCUGACAAGAAGCAGAAGAAGGGACAGAGCAUUCCCGAGCCCCCCAGCUCCCGGACCACCGAAGCACCCACUUCUGAAUCGCGCAAGAACAAGCGAAAGCUAGCAGCCUCUGAAGAUGAUGCCGUCGCCGUAGCCGAGCAACUUCAAGAGGAGGCUAAGCUUGCAGCGAGCAAGUCCAAGAAGCAAAAGACAGCCCGAGCUGGAAGCCCCGACCUGGGCUCUGAGCCAACGUCUACAGUCGCAAAGAAGUACACCCCAGUCUUGCCUCCCGCAAUCCCCACAGUGGGAACCCCUACUCCCAAGUCUGCUUCCACGCCUGUUACAAGCAGCAAGAAGCAGAAGAAAGUCAAGGAGGCUUCUGUGCCUGCUCCCCGACAGAGCGUGGUCCCCAUACCCUCUAUCCCCCACUCCUCCCCUCCCAGGUCCUCCCCUGCACGCGCUCCUGCCUCACAGCCUCCUGCCUCACCUAGCCAGGGUAAGGAGAAACGAGCCAGAAAGCGCAAGGACAAAGAUGGCAAGAAGACUCCCUCGGGCAAGAAGGAGACCCCUGUAGUCCCCCCUGUGCCUCUAUCUUCCUCGGAAUAG